GCCAUGGAAGGCCGCGCGCGCCUCUCCCUCGUCCACGCCGCCGCCGCGCUGGUGGUCCUGCUGCAGCUGCAUGGCGGCGCCGUCGUGGUUGCGUCUGAGCCGCCCUACACCUGCGGCGCCGGAGCGCCGCCCAACAUCCCGUUCUGCGACGCGGGGCUGCCCAUCGACCGGCGCGUCGACGACCUCGUCUCGCGGAUGACGGUGGCGGAGAAGAUCUCGCAGCUCGGGGACCAGUCCCCGGCCAUCCCGCGGCUCGGCGUGCCGGCGUACAAGUGGUGGUCCGAGGCGCUGCACGGGAUCUCCAACCAGGGCCGCGGCAUCCACCUCGACGGCCCGCUCCGCGCCGCCACCAGCUUCCCGCAGGUCAUCCUCACCGCCGCGUCCUUCAACCCGCACCUCUGGUACCGCAUCGGCCAGGUGAUCGGCGUCGAGGCGAGGGCGGUGUACAACAACGGGCAGGCGGAGGGGCUCACCUUCUGGGCGCCCAACAUCAACGUGUUCCGGGACCCGCGGUGGGGCCGCGGGCAGGAGACCCCCGGCGAGGACCCGACGAUGACCGGCAAGUACGCCGCCGUCUUCGUCCGCGGCGUGCAGGGCUACGGCCUCGCCGGCCCCGUCAACUCCACGGGCCUCGAGGCCUCCGCCUGCUGCAAGCACUUCACCGCCUACGACCUCGAGAACUGGAAGGGCGUCACCCGAUACGUGUUCGACGCCAAGGUGACGGCGCAGGAUCUGGCGGACACGUACAACCCUCCGUUCAAGAGCUGCGUGGAGGACGGCCAUGCCAGCGGCAUCAUGUGCUCCUACAACCGCGUCAAUGGCGUGCCGACGUGCGCCGACUACAACCUGCUCUCCACGACGGCGAGGCAGGACUGGGGGUUUUACGGGUAUAUCACCUCGGACUGCGACGCUGUGGCCAUCAUCCAUGAUGCGCAAGGCUACGCCAAGACGGCAGAAGAUGCAGUUGCAGAUGUGCUCAAAGCUGGAAUGGACGUGAACUGCGGCAGCUACGUGCAGGACCACGGUGCCUCUGCGCUGCAGCAAGGGAAGAUCACGGAGCAGGACAUCAACAGGGCGCUGCACAACCUGUUCGCCGUCAGGAUGAGGCUGGGGCUCUUCAACGGCGACCCCAGGCGCAACCUGUACGGCGACAUCGGGCCCGAUCAGGUGUGCACGCAGGAGCACCAGGACCUCGCCCUGGAAGCGGCGCAGGACGGCAUCGUCUUGCUCAAGAACGACGGCGGCGCCGGCGCGCUCCCGCUGUCCAAGCCCAACGUCGCGUCCCUCGCCGUGAUCGGGUUCAACGCGAACGACGCCAUCAGGCUGCGCGGCAACUACUUCGGCCCGCCGUGCGUGACGGUGACGCCGCUCCAGGUGCUGCAGGGCUACGUGAAGGACACGAGCUUCGUCGCCGGCUGCAACUCGGCCGCCUGCAACGUCACGACGAUCCCCGAGGCGGUCCAGGCGGCGAGCUCGGCGGACUCCGUCGUCUUGUUCAUGGGGCUGGACCAGGACCAGGAGAGGGAGGAGGUUGACCGGCUGGACCUGACGCUCCCGGGACAGCAGCAGACCCUCAUCGAGAGCGUCGCGAACGCGGCGAAGAAGCCGGUGAUCCUGGUGCUGCUCUGCGGUGGGCCCGUGGAUGUGAGCUUUGCGAAGACCAACCCCAAGAUUGGGGCCAUCCUGUGGGCUGGCUACCCCGGCGAGGCCGGCGGCAUUGCCAUCGCACAGGUCCUCUUCGGAGAGCACAACCCUGGUGGAAGGCUGCCCGUGACAUGGUAUCCCCAAGAUUUCACGAGAGUGCCUAUGACGGACAUGCGGAUGCGCGCCGACCCGGCCACGGGCUACCCCGGCCGGACGUACCGGUUCUACCGCGGCCCGACAGUGUUCAACUUCGGCUACGGCCUCAGCUACUCCAAGUACUCCCACCGCUUCGCCACGAAGCCGCCUCCCACGAGCAACGUCGCCGGCCUUAAGGCGGUGGAGGCAACGGCGGGCGGCAUGGCGAGCUACGACGUGGAGGCGAUCGGGUCGGAGACGUGCGACCGGCUCAAGUUCCCGGCGGUGGUGCGGGUGCAGAACCACGGGCCCAUGGACGGGAAGCACUCGGUGCUGGUGUUCAUGCGCUGGCCCAACGCGACGGACGGCAGCGGCCGGCCGGCCAGCCAGCUGAUCGGGUUCCAGAGCCUGCACCUGAGGGCGACGCAGACGGCGCACGUGGAGUUCGAGGUGAGCCCCUGCAAGCACUUCAGCCGGGCGACGGAGGAUGGCAGGAAGGUGAUCGAUCAGGGCUCGCACUUCGUGAUGGUCGGCGAGGAUGAGUUCGAGAUGAGCUUCAUGGCGUGAUCCCGGUUGUGUUGGAAGCCUCGAGUGUUUCCUCAGAAUUUCCGAUGCUCUCUAACUUAUUCAAACGAGAAAAAAAAAGGUAAAUUCAGCAAGAUUAUGGCAUCAUUGAUGCCAGAAGUUCAUUGACAAACGCUUCCCCGCUCCUUUUGUUCUUUAACAAGCUAAGGGAAGUAGAAAUUAUCUUGAUU